AUGUGUGGAAUCUCUGCGUGCCUCUCGCUUGCACCGCCUAGUAAUGGCUACGCGGAACAUGCGGGCGUUGCCUGCAACGCGGAAACUGAGUCCGGUAGCACGACCAACAGAGUACGGCAUCCUCUUGCGACGCAGCUUCAAGCCUCAUUAAAUGUCAUUGCCCACCGCGGCCCUGAUGAUUCGGGUGUCUGGAUCAACGAGAGCGAGGAGGUUGGGCUGGGCCACUGUCGUCUCUCCAUCAACGAUCUAUCAUCUGCAGGGCGUCAGCCUCUCCACAGCACCGACGGCCACAUUCACGUCGUGGUCAAUGGCGAGAUCUACGACUAUGAUCGCCUACGACAUAAGUGUGAAACCGCUCACCAUUACGUCUUCCAGAGCGACAGCGACAGCGAACUUGUACUGGCACUCUAUCAGAUCUUUGGUGCCCCAGGGUUCUUUGCCCAUCUGCGAGGAGAAUUCGCAUUUGUGCUCUAUGAUGACCGUCCAGAUCUUAGACGAUUGAUCGCCGCACGCGAUCGUUAUGGAAUCAAGCCGCUGGUCUAUACUCGAGUCGGAUCUAGCCUCCUCAUCGCUUCCGAGGCCAAGGCUUUCUUACCUUUUGGCUGGCGUCCCCGCUGGGAUGUUUGCGCAAUUGCCAACGCAGGUUGGAUGUUUGACGACCGAACGCUGUUCCGUGGUGUUCGAAAGGUGCUCCCCGGACACUAUCUUGAGACGACGGAAGAUGGUGGGGUGCGGCAGGUCCAAUAUUGGGAUGCUGAAUAUGAAGACAAGCGAAAACCCGAGAUACGCUCCAUGGGUGAAAUGGUAGCUGGCGUUCGUGAGCGGCUUGUCGAAUCAGUCCGUCUCCGCCUGCGUGCCGAUGUCCCUGUUGGCAUCUACCUUUCCGGGGCAUCGACUCGUCCGCCAUCGCGGGGAUCUGUGGCGUUCCCGGAAAUCUCGGGCUACGACGAGUCGCAGAUUGCCGAGCGCACGGCCGAAUGGCUUGGAGUCAAGACGAUCAAGAGAACUAUCACCGAGGAGACGCUGGCUGAGAACUUCGAAGACGCUGUCUUCCAUUGCGAGCACCACCACUUCGACCUGAAUUUUGUCGUCCUGACUGGUGAAGGCGCUGAUGAGCACUUUGCGGGUUAUCCAUACUUUUUCAGCGAAUUCCUCCGCGAAGCUGACGAAGCCCUCCCGGACUCUCACUUAUCUCAAAACAGCCCCCUUCGGAGCGAAAUGUUUGAAUCAGCGCAGCGGGAGAUGAAAGGCAUAUGGCAAAAAGGGGGCGCCACAGCAUACGAGAAUAGAUCAGCCCUCCCAAGCAUCGCAGGUCCGGGGGCAGCAGACAUGAGCGAUAACCUGCUUGCGUGGCAUCCCAGCGCCACCCUUUUUGCGAGUUGGGUACAAGCACGGCAAGGCAGCGAUGAUUGCCGCAGAACCGUUCUCAACUCGUAUCCAAAGACCGUCCAAGCCAAGAUGCGCUCAAGGUGGCAUCCUCUCCAUACCUCUAUGUACAUGUGGAACAAGAACUCGUUGGCCAAUGUCUUGCUGUCAUGCCUGGGCGAUCGCACGGAGAUGGCACACAGUGUCGAAGCUCGCACGCCAUACCUCGACCAUCACCUCACCGAGUAUAUCAACCGUUUGCCUCCGAGCGCCAAGUUGCGCUACACGGCCGAAACUGCGAGCGCCUCCGGCGAAUUGGGCCCGAUCUGGACCAAGUCCAGCGUUGCCUUGCAAUCACUGAAUGAAAAAUGGAUCCUCCGCGAGGCAGUACGCCCUUAUAUAUUGGAUGAACUGUACAGGCGAAAGAAGCACCCUUUUCUUGCUCCCACUCGAUGGGGGAAGGAUGGGCCAUUGUAUCGCAAGCUCAAGGCCCUGCUGACACGAGACGCUGUAGAGGUCCUGGGUUUUGUUAGCUGGACCGCGAUCCAGGAGGCCAUGGAGAUUGCUUGGGGCGAGUAUGCGGACACCAAAGCCUUUAGACUUCUGCUUUAUUGUGGUGCCUGGGUCACCAUUAGCCAGCGGAUCGGUGUAGCUAGGGCAGACGAGGCUGAUUGGGAUCCCUCCACACUAUAG